GUCCUUUGUUCGAGUUACAGACGACGGUGGAUUUUUCACAGGCGGAUAAAGGAAGCUCUCUCCGUUUGUAAAAGUUAGGUUUUUUUUGGGGAUCGGGUGAUAUGGCGGAGGAGAAGGAGAAGAACAAGUAUAGCAUAAUCAUUCCCACGUACAACGAGCGCCUCAAUAUCGCUCUUAUUGUCUACCUCAUUUUCAAGCAUCUCCGGGAUGUUGAUUUUGAGAUAAUUGUUGUGGAUGAUGGGAGUCCUGACGGCACUCAAGAAAUUGUCAAGCAACUGCAGGACUUGUAUGGUGAAGACCGCAUUCUUUUAAGAGCUAGAGCCAAGAAGCUUGGUUUGGGAACUGCAUAUAUCCAUGGUUUGAAGCAUGCUACAGGUGAUUUCGUUGUUAUCAUGGAUGCUGAUCUUUCACAUCAUCCAAAGUAUUUGCCAAGUUUCAUCAAGAAACAACUAGAGACGAAUGCAAGCAUAGUGACAGGUACACGAUAUGUAAAAGGAGGUGGUGUACACGGGUGGAACCUUAUGCGGAAACUCACAAGCAGAGGAGCAAAUGUGCUAGCUCACACACUUUUAUGGCCUGGUGUAUCUGAUUUAACCGGAUCAUUUAGGCUAUACAAGAAAUCGGUGCUUGAAGACGUGAUAUGCUCAUGCGUGAGCAAAGGUUAUGUCUUUCAGAUGGAAAUGAUCGUCCGUGCUACCAGAAAAGGAUACCAUAUUGAAGAGGUACCGAUCACAUUUGUGGAUAGAGUCUUUGGAACUUCGAAGCUGGGAGGAUCUGAAAUAGUGGAAUAUCUAAAAGGACUCGUCUAUCUUCUUCUCACGACUUAAGACCAAGCACAGCUCAACAACACAUGAAUCUCUCUUUAUACUCUCGUUCGUCUCUUAAACACUUGAACUCUGAUCAUUUCCUGUUAGAAACUUCACUUUACCUUUUGACUAGAGAAAGAGACAGAGUUGUGCAUCCUUCAAAGACUCAAAAAAAGUUCAUACCAUCAUAAACGUUGUUUUUUUUUUUAAAGAUGUUGAGUUUGAGAUGUCUUA